UCUCGCGAGAGCUGGGUCCAUUUCCGCUUCCGCUUCCUUGCUUGUGAAGAAGAAGAAAAGAAGAAAGCGGAGGAGAAGGAGUCUCGCCCGUGUUCUCCACUGAAAAUGUCAGCAGCUGAUGACUUUUCGCUGGCAGACGCUCUCCCGGACAGUUCUCCUGCCAAGAACGCCUCCGUAGGCAGCGCAAAGCCUGCUGGCCAGCCCCCCCAAGCCUGGCCGGGUUCCAAUCCCUGGAACAACACUCCCAGCGCUCCCCCCGCAGCUCCGUCCGGAUUGCCUCCAAACACAUCCACCUCCAACGUGCCCUUUGGACCACCUCCCACGGGAAUGUAUCCUUCCCUGCCCCCUGGAGCGCCGGUCCCUUUCCCUCCCCCUGGGUCCGCUUGCCCCCCUGCCGGUCCCUACCCACCCCCAGGUCCCGCCCCACCAGGGCAGUACCCUCCACCAAAUAUGCCCUUUCCAGAGCUGCCCCGACCAUACGGGGGUCCAACAGAGCCGGCCGCGCCCCCUCCUGCUGUAGGGCCUUGGGGGUCCAUGCCGGCCGGAGGAUGGGGAUCCACUGUUGGGGGUCAGUAUCCUGCUCCAAGUGUGCCCUAUCCUCCUCCGGGGCCCUAUUCAGCUCCAACCCACACACCGGGGGCUGCUCCAACAGUGCCAUGGGGAGCCGUCCCUCCAGGAGCUUGGGGACCUUCGCCUCCAGCCCCUUUCCCCCCACCCACAGGCUCCUAUCCGGCUCCAGGAUUGUACCCUACGCCGCCUAAUCCAUACCAAGUGCCGCCCGCAUCUGCCGGGGCUCCGUCCAUGCCUGGUGGUCCCCAUCCUUACCGUUGAAGCGGCGCCAGGCUCCGGAAGUAAGGUCUCCCCACCUGCUAUUUACAGAGAAUUUUUAACAGUUGUUUUUGGUAACCUUUUGGAGUCUGGAAGAGCACGCCCACCUUCUGCGGUCCGUCUGAGGUGUGAAGGAGCACUCUGUGUGUAAGCCGGACUCUGUUCCAAUGGUGAAAUACGUCUUUUUGUUUGUCUGUCGAGAUGAAUUAGGAGAAACGCGCCAAUUGCCCCAGUUCUGCAAUCCUUGCUUGAGGGAGGAUCCUUCCUUGGGAAACAUGGGUGUUGGCCCUGCAAGGAAGGACAACUCCGGAAUAGACCAGGGACUUGACGACACCUGGGAAUUUUUUGCCAUAACUGCUUCAUUGAGAAUGGACUUGCAGGCCUCACCAGAGUGACAACCCCUUCUGUAUCUUUGUUUGUUCAGGUGAUAUUAAUCAUUUACAUGUUCUGGAGACAUCUGUAAAGAAAUGGGCCGGACACCAUACAACCAUUUGUCAGCUCGAAGGGAAGCAAGGCUUGUUAAUGGGGAGGCAGUCCUCCGCAUCCGGCUCAUUUCCCUCUCUAGUCUUGGGAAGCAAUUGCAAAGAUAUUUGAGACUUGAUUCCUAUUAUACACGUUUGUGCAUCGUCUCACGAGUCAAUUUAGGUGUUCUAGACGUUGGCGUAAAUCUUGAGCUGUGAGGUUUGCCAAAAUGACUUAGACUUUGUACAUUUCAUAAGCCAUUUCAGAAUUAAAAUCCAUGUUAAAUGUGAAACUUAAAGGAUUUUAGCUUGACUGACGAGACCUUGAAAGCA